CCAAAAACAGACGCUGAAUCGUCUCUUUUCUUUUUACUGUCGUCGCUCUUCAUCGCGCUGUUGAUGGCUCGAUUCCGGAUCAGUCGGAUUUUGGAUUUCGCACCGCUUGCUUCGAUGGAAAACGGCAUGGCGGGACCCGAUUUGGGAGGUAAUUCGUUGUUGAGGAACCAAGAGCUCUUUCGGGGCUAUCUUGAUACGGAGGGAAUUCGAAAGGACACUCGUAUAAAGUGUUGGGGAGGAUGAUGGUUGAAAAUGUAAGGCUUCCCAGAGACUAUUGCCAUAGCUCGUUCACCGCAGUUGGUGAAUCUGAGGGAUCUGGUACGUCAGGACGUAUCAACAUGGAGUUUACUGUGUCAGAGGAUCCUAGUGGUCCAGCCAAGAAAUGCAUCAGCUUGAAAUAGAGAGGUUUGGUUUUUUGUAACCUUAGAUGUCCUUCCUCUAUCAAACAUGUCACCUUCUGAAAAGAUUUGAUACAUCGGUUGAGGCUAGAACUUGAACAGAUCCGAAUUCUUGAGAAGAAAAUUGAGUCCCAGAGAGCAACUGGGGCUACAUUGUUGUCGUCUAGUGAUAUUCUAAGAUGCAGCAAUGGGUUGCUGGCUGCUGCUGCUGCUGCUAGGAAAUCACCUGCGAAGACUUCUGGGCUGGGAAAGAAAGUAAAUGCACCUGAUGAAAAGGUCCGUGGUUGGAAUCGCAGUGCAACAGGAAAGUUUGAGUCAGUGAAGCAGGCUCCAGCUCCAAGGGUUGCCAAUGCAACGUUGAUGAAAGAUUGUGAGACCCUUUUAAAUCGUGUGAUGUCCCGUCAGUACGGUUGGGUUUUUAAUAAACCUGUUGAUGUGAAGGCAUUGAACAUUCUCGACUAUUUCAUUGUGAAAAGAAACUUGUGGUCGGCAGACCACAACCAUCAUCAACAAAAUCAGCUCCCCACCUGAGGAGGUAAAAGCAGCCAAGUCGACAUCUCUCCUUAGAAAGAGGAAAAUUUCGAGUCGACAAGAUGUUAUGCCUGCAGCUUUUCUGCAGGGAAUGACAGAUGAAGAAGCAUAAACUAAGCCAGGAAUUGGAGUCUUUGCUGGGAGAAAUGCCUGAAAACAUUAUUGAUUUCUUGAGAGAGCAUAGUUCAAAUGGAAGGGAAUCUGUAGAGGAGGAGAUUGAGAUUGACAUAGAUGAUCUCAGCAAUGAUGUUCUUUCCACAUUAAGGAAUCUGCUAGAUGAGUAUCUGCAAGAGAAACAGAAGAAGCAGGCAUGCGCUGAACCUUGUGAAAUAGAGGUCCAGGUCCAAUUCCCAGGGGAACUACGCCGGUGCAUAGUCCUGGGGCUUUAGGGUUGGUGCAAGUCGGACCAACCCUGCAGAUAUUUUUCCAAACCCUAGGUGCAGUCUCUUCAUUUUCUCUCCACUCAUUUGAACUCAAUUGUGCUUUUCUUCUGGGAUUUGAGGCAAGCAGGAAACUUAUCUGACCUGAAAUGGCUGGGGGAAGAUUUGUUCACAAGCUUUUGAGGAGAAAACUUCAGUCUCACUUCAAGGUUUCUAUGUCAUUGGCCCAGCGUUUCUCAAAGGAAAGUGCAAUUAAUGCUGGAAGUGUAAGCGCAUUGAGAGCAUUUGCAUUGCUCGGCGCAGGUGUUUCAGGAUUAUUGAGCUUUUCAACACUUUCUGCGUCUGCUGAUGAGGCAGAACAUGGUUUAGAGUGUCCAAGCUAUCCCUGGCCUCACAAAGGCAUUCUGAGUUCUUACGACCAUGCAUCUAUCCGCCGUGGUCACCAGGUUUUCCAGCAAGCCUGUGCAUCUUGUCAUUCGAUGUCUCUUGUAUCAUUCCAUGAUCAUGUGGGAGUUGCUUAUGCGAAAGAGGAGGUCAAAGCUAUGGCAGCUGAGAUCAUGGUAGUUGAUGGGCCUAAUAAUGAGGGUGAGAUGUUUACUCGUCCUGGGAAGCAAAGUGAUCAAUUUCCUCAGUCCUAUGCAAAUGAAGCAGCAGCUAGAUCUGCUAAUGGAGGGGCCUAUCCUCCUGAUUUAAGCCUAAUCACUAAAGCUCGUCACAACAGUCAAAAUUAUGUAUUUUCACUGGCUGGUUACCGUGAUCCUCCAGCUGGCAUUGCCAUAAGAGAGGGGCUGCACUACAAUCCCUAUUUUCCUGGUGGAGUGAUUGCAAUGCCGAAAAUGCUCAAUGAUGGUGCUGUCAAGUAUGAUGAUGGUACCCCAGCAACAGAAUCUCAGCAGAUGGGGAAAGAUGUUCUGACAUUCUUAUCAUGGGCUGCAGAACCUGAAAUGGAAGAGAGAAAUCUGGUGGGAUUCAAGUGGAUAUUGGUAUUGUCAUUGGCACUGCUACAAGCUGCUAAUUAUAGGCGCUUGAAGUGGCCGGUGCUCAAAUCGCGGAAAUUGGUUUUGGAUGUGGUGAAGUAGCAUCUGUCCUCAUAAAUGGCUAUCCUACUUGUCGGUGGGCUGAACAUCGAAUAAAUGUCCCAUCGAAUGAAUGGUUUCUUCCCUUCUUUUUUAUUCGAAUUUUUGUCAAAUUGAUAAUUUAAUCUUGUCAUGGAGCUAGAUGCGAAUGUCUAGAACCCAGUUUGGAAAUAAGCCCAUCCUGGAUACUUUGAGGUUUGAGAGGUAUCGACUUUUGAUGACUCCUAUUUUCAUUUACUGCUAGAAAGCAA